UAACAAACUUGCCCGUAAAUCCAACAACGGCACCAUUUUGUUCGAACCUUUCAUCGUCUACCGUAUACACCGGUAAAACCAGUUUCAACCCUGGUAAAACCAGUUUCAACUCUGACACCACUCCAUCACACUUCCUAGAAUUCUUCGCCCCUCAUAUGUCAGCAGAACCCGCAGAACUUUGCACCAUGGCCCGUUCCAAGCUACAUUCAGCUGUGGGCGGCAGCCUCCACCGUUGGGUCCUUCUCAAAAACUCAAUUUUUCGACCACCUCGUGCCCCCUAUGUGCCCAGUGUGGCGACCAGUUCUUCCUAUUCGAAUCGUGUAUAUAUUGCAAGUGAUAAUGGUGACAGCGAGUACGACGGUGAAGAAGAGGAGUUGGAUUCGUUCAUGUUCCCCGACGCUUCCAAACUUGUGGGGGUCGAAGCCAAUUCAUCUGAAGCUGAGUGGCUCGACUCACUUUUAGAAUCCCUAGUCGAAGGUGGAGAGGACGAGUGCGUAUCGGAUACCGACGUUCGCAUUUCCGUCAUACCAGUUGAAGAUGAUGAAGAUCCCCCACUAAGCCCCUUUACGUCACCAAUGUCUUCUUCGGACGACCUUUUCAGUCACCAAGCAUAUUGUUCUCCGUCUAUCGCUGUGCCAUAUCCUGUGCCAUAUCCGCCAUUCCAUCCACCACUCGUUCAUCCAUAUGCCCUCGGUCCUAUCAUUGAGUCUCCUGUUUCACCACCUCCAGCGUAUGACGCUCUACCCUACUAUGAUGCCGAUGAGUUAGACGAUCUCUCUGUCCCGGAAGCUAUAGAGGACACUUCCGAUGACGAGUCCGACGUCCCUUCUACACCAUCGCUGGGACGCUCGUCAGACCUUGACUUUGUGGAUCCGACGUCCAUCCCUCUUCCAGGGCAACGUAGCAGGCGACGUUUACAGCCUGAUGUGUACAUCCGCCACCCGGACUCUUAUUUUGAUCGUUAUGCGCUCGACCCCCUUCCUUUCCCCAAUGAAGAUCACUCCAUUUCGUAUAAUGCUGUCUACCAUGAAUGCUAGUUGCCCCCUGUCUAACCUAGAAUUCCUCUUUUGCUCUAUAUCAGUGGCUGUCCACGGGGAACUUGAACUUGAAGCGCAGUCCGAUUCCGCCCGAGUUGAGAUAUCUUCUCACGAGAUUACGCUACGGCCGCGAUAGAAACGGGCUUUUAGUGAUAGGUAACCUCUAAACCUCCUAAACACCCUAG